GUGUGUGAGUGUGUGUGCCUGUCUGUCUAUCUGUGAGGACGAGGAGGAGCAGCUCUGAUGAAGAUCCGGAGGGUCUGACCUGGAAACGACAGCAGGGAGGCUCCGUGUGUCAGCUGCGUUCUCCUCUGCUGCUCAUCCGGUCCGACCGGGAUCGCUCCAGGAGAGUCCGGGAAAGUUUUUGGCAUAAAAAAAAGGAAGAAUGAGAGAAGUUCUCGGAUACUGCACCACGGCGUAAAAGUACUUGGUUGCAGUAAAAGUACAUGAGUGUGAUGUGCGGUUAAGAGAAGUCAGAAGUGUUCGUGCAGGUGUGAACUGUGGGAGUCUGCACAUGCUCAGUUAGACCCUGUCCCAGCCUCGAUCACCUGCUGCUGACUUUGUUUUGGAGGUGAUGGAUGCAGAGAGCGGGGAGCUGUUUCUUGGCACCGUGGCGGCCGGCAGCUGGCAGCUCGACGCUCCAUUCUCCUGCUCCGAGCUCAUCACGGGCGGCUCGGAAAAUCCCCUGCAGGACUGGGUGGUGGACCCCGACUGUACGCUUAAUGACAGCGAGUCAGAGGACGUCCUCCACGGCGUCGAUCCAAAUGAGGUGUUUCCCAGCGGGCCGCCGGGUGACCUGUCAUCAGAGAGUGACAGCGGCAUCUCCGAGGAGCCUGCCCUCGAGAGUCCUGUCACCGCAGUGACCUCAGCGGCUGCCCAGGUGGCCCCGGCAACAGUCUACCAGGUGGUUUAUGACAUCAGCGGGCUGGGUGGUGCCAAGACUGGACCUGGACAAGAGAACGUCAUCUCCAUCGAGCUCGAUCAGUGGAGCUCUCAGCUGCUGCUGUCAGACUCGUGCGUCGUAAACGAGCUGUCCAUGGUUUCAGCUGUUCAGCCUGACGUUCCUCCUUCCAGCCCCGACGAUGACCUGCUGUUCCCGGAGCUUCAGCUGACCGAGGAGGAGCAGAAGCUGCUGACUCAGGAGGGAGUCUCUCUGCCCAGCAACCUCCCACUCACCAAGGCCGAGGAACGAAUCCUGAAGAAAGUCCGGAGGAAGAUCCGCAACAAGCAGUCGGCUCAGGACAGCCGCCGGCGGAGGAAGGAGUACAUCGACGGGCUGGAGAGCAGGGCGGCGGCAUGCUCAGCGCAGAACAAAGAGCUGCAGAGGACAGUGGAGCAGCUGGAGAAACGUAACAUGUCUCUGCUGGCUCAGCUGCGACAGCUUCAGUCUCUGAUCAAACAGACGGUCAGCAAAGGAGCCCAGACCAGCACCUGCCUACUGAUCAUCCUGGUCUCUUUGGGUCUGAUCAUCCUGCCGAGUUUCAGCCCGUUCAGCCGCCACCGUGUAGACGACGACUACAGACCCACAGGAGUCAUUUCCAGAAACAUCCUGACAGAUCCGUCGUCCUCCCAACCAACAUCAGAGGACGUCGACAGUCCGACGUCCCUGCAGUCUGAGCCCUCCAAUCUCAGCCAAUCAGGAUCUCCAGAGGGCACAUCGACUCUCCAAGAACCAACAGAAAACCAUGAAAAUGCAGCUGCAGAUGAUACGAAAGGGAGCCAAUCAGGAAACAGCUCAGCAGCUGCUGCCAGGCAGACUGAACCCAGCGGCCUUGGCCUGAGGUCGACAGUCCAAGAAGGACGCCAUGAUCCAGCCAAACCGGGACAUGCUGAUGAGAUGUAGGAAGAUGACAGAAACUGGACUUCCUGUUUUAAAGGAUGUAAAAACACAAACCGAUGGCAACGCCCAAUCGAUUGAUCAGAGCUAAUCAAGACAAACUGAUUUGUGGUGGUGGUUUUCUAUGAUCAAAAGUGGGACUAAAAACAUGAGCAGUUUCAAACUGCUGAAAAACUCGAUCCCAUAAGCAUAGCUUAGCAUAAAAGCAUAGCUUAGCAUAAAAGCUGGAGGCAGGUGGUGAGAGAACAGAUCCUCCUUCUAAUGUUCCCGUCACGCACUCGCCAGCUGGUUUUUACUGACGGGAACAAACUGUCUGUCGCUAAUCUGAAGCUAACUAGUGUCUAAAUUUCUCAGAGUUUUGCUGACCCUGUUAAUGUUUCGUGCGCUUCCAGAGUUUGACCUGGAACAGCUGAUCACGAACUGCUCCGUGGACCAGCUGAAGGCUUCCUGAGUGAACAGUAAACACAGCAGCCCCUCCACACAUCCAGCUGCUGAGACUUUUUUUUUUUUUUUUUCUUGGAUGAAAAAGAAAUUGGUUUGAACCUCUGCUGUGAUUACAGCACCAGUCAACAGUUCAGACACACCUUCUCAUUCAGUGUUUUUUUUUUUUCCUACAUUGUAAAUUAAUAGUGAAGUCAUCCAGACUAUGAAGGAACACAUAAAGAAUCAUGUAGUAAACUUUAAAGUGUUAAACAAACCAGAACAUGUUUUAGAUUUUCAGCUUUGCUCACUCUCUGUGUUCUCUGUCAGCUUCAUGAGGUCAUCACCUGAAACGGUUCUCCAACAGUCCUGAAGGAGUUCUCAGAGGUGCUGAGCACUUGUUGGCUGCUUUGCCUUCACUCUGCCGUCCAACUCAUCCCAAACGUCUCAGUUGGGUUUAGAUCAGGUGAUUGUGGAGGUCAGGUCAUCUGACGCAGCCCUCCAUCAGCCUCUUUCUUGGUCAAAUAUCCCUUACAGAGCCUGGAGUGUGUUUGGGGUCAUUGUCCUGUUGAAGAACAAAUGAUGGUUCCACUAAGCUGUAACCAGACGGAUGGCACGUUGCUGCAGAAUGCUGUGGUAGCCGUGCUGGUUAAGUGAGCCUUGGAUUUUGAAUAAAUGACCAACAGUGUCACCAGCAGAGCACCCCCAUACAUCACACUUCCUCGUCCAUACUUCACAGUGGGAAACCUCAAGUUUGAACUCAUCAGACCAAAGGACAGAUUUAAACUGGUCUGAUGUUCGUUCCUUGUGUUCCUCGGUCCAAGCCGUUCUCUUCCUCUGGUUGUUCUUCCUCAGAAGUGGCUUCUUUGCAGCAGUUUGACCAUAAAGUCCAGAUUCACUUCUCUGAACAGUUGAGGCUGAGAUGUAUGUGCUAGUUGAACUCUGUGAAGCCUUUAGGUGGGCUCUUAUCUGGGGUGCUGUUAACUUUCUGAGGCCUCUAACUCUGAUGAACUGAUCCUGUAACAGAGGGAACUCUUGGUCUUCUUUCCUGAGGCGGUCCUGAUGACUUUAGCAUUAAUCUACAAUGCAGACAAAUUUUAAAUAAUGAAAAACCACUGAAUGAGAAGGUGUGUUCAAACUUUUGACUGGUACUGUAUUACGAACUUUCAUAUCCUACUACCAGAAAAGUAAUUAAUUGAAGAUAAAUUGAUUAGUUAACAUGUAUGGAAACGUGUUUCUCUGGAGUAUUUAACAAUCUGUGUGGUUUUGCCUGCUAACGAGGAGCUCUUUCAUCUUUGUUUUUUUUUUUUAUAAAUAUGUUGACAUUUCAAACUUUGGCCUCACUGAAUGAACACACUGGCACGGUUCCACUGCUGAGGUGCCAGUGCUGGGGGUCGGUUUCAAUGAACCAGCAAACCGCUUGAGAACGGGCCUGCAUUUCCACUUCGCUUUGUGUGCUGAGCCUUUAUGUAUGAGUGUGGGUCGAGCCUCGUCUGGAAACGGAAGUCGAAGGGCACUAAAACGUGGGAGAACCCUCCCCUUUUGCAAACUUUAUUUCUUGUGCUGCGAACAUAUUUUACGGUUUUACAGUCUGAACUUUAGAGCUUUAAAACUGUUAAACUGGUUUCCUGUCAGGCGUUACUGGAUCUUCUGGUUCCAGCACGCCGAGCAGAUGAACCUGCUUUUAUUUUCAGUAGAGUUCCACCUCCAGAUCUACCAGCUUUGUGUGUGAGAUUGCUUUUAUUUCUGUCUUUACUGCCUGAGUUAUUACUGAGUCUGAGCAUGUGCAGUAGCACAGUGCUGCGGACUGGUUUAACUGGAAACCUGAUCAUUAUUGUUAAUGAAUAAAACCUGAAGUGAUGGAUA